GGUGGACUUUUCAUGAGGAACACUGUUCAGGAGCACAGUGCAUUUCGAUUUGCUGUGCAGUUAUACAACACAAACCAAAAUACCACAGAAAAGCCCUUUCAUUUGAACUAUCAUGUUGAUCACUUGGACUCUUCCAACAGUUUUUCAGUGACAAAUGCUUUCUGUUCACAGUUUUCCAGAGGAGUUUAUGCCAUCUUUGGAUUCUAUGACCAGAUGUCAAUGAACACACUGACGUCAUUUUGUGGAGCCCUUCACACAUCCUUCGUCACACCCAGCUUCCCAACAGAUGCAGAUGUGCAGUUUGUCAUCCAGAUGCGACCAGCAUUAAAAGGAGCCAUCUUGAGUCUCUUGACUCAUUAUAAGUGGGAAAAGUUUGUGUAUCUCUAUGACACAGAACGGGGAUUUUCCAUUCUUCAGGCGAUUAUGGAAGCAGCAGUACAGAACAACUGGCAAGUGACAGCCAGAUCUGUAGGAAGCAUAAAGGAUGUUCAAGAGUUCAGAAGAAUUAUAGAGGAGAUGGACAGACGGCAAGAAAAAAGAUACUUAAUUGACUGUGAAGUAGACAGAAUCAACACCAUUUUGGAACAGGUUGUAAUCCUCGGCAAACAUUCUAGAGGCUAUCACUACAUGUUAGCUAACCUGGGUUUCACAGACAUUGUUCUGGAGAGAGUAAUGCAUGGAGGUGCCAACAUUACUGGAUUCCAGAUUGUUAAUAAUGAAAACCCAAUGGUUCAACAAUUUCUACAGCGCUGGGUGAGGCUUGAUGAAAGGGAAUUCCCUGAAGCCAAAAACUCACCAUUAAAGUACACAUCUGCACUGACCCAUGAUGCAGUCCUAGUCAUAGCAGAGGCUUUCCGUUACCUCCGAAGACAGCGUGUGGAUGUCUCCAGGAGAGGCAGUGCUGGAGACUGCCUGGCUAACCCUGCAGUACCAUGGAGCCAAGGAAUUGAUAUAGAAAGAGCACUGAAAAUGGUGCAAGUUCAAGGAAUGACAGGGAACAUCCAGUUUGACACCUAUGGGCGGAGAGCAAAUUACACAAUUGAUGUGUAUGAAAUGAAAGCCGGUGGAUCACGGAAGGCUGGUUAUUGGAAUGAAUAUGAAAGAUUUGUGCCAGCAUUAGACCAGCUGCCCUCUAAUGACACUUCAUCUGUGGAGAACCGAACCAUAGUAGUCACUACUAUCUUGGAAUCACCAUAUGUAAUGUAUAAGAAAAACCAUGAACAACUAGAAGGGAAUGAGAGAUAUGAAGGAUAUUGUGUAGACUUAGCUUCUGAAAUAGCAAAACAUGUUGGAAUAAAAUACAAACUGUCAAUUGUUGGAGAUGGGAAAUAUGGAGCUAGGGACCCUGAGACUAAGAUAUGGAAUGGCAUGGUGGGUGAACUGGUCUAUGGGAGAGCAGAUAUAGCUGUUGCCCCCCUCACCAUAACAUUGGUGCGAGAAGAAGUCAUAGACUUUUCCAAACCCUUUAUGAGCCUGGGCAUCUCCAUCAUGAUCAAGAAGCCUCAGAAAUCUAAACCGGGCGUUUUCUCUUUCCUGGAUCCUUUGGCUUAUGAAAUUUGGAUGUGUAUAGUCUUUGCUUACAUUGGCGUCAGCGUAGUUCUUUUCCUAGUCAGCAGAUUCAGCCCUUAUGAAUGGCACUUGGAAGACAACACUGAAGAACCACGUGACCCUCAGAAUCCUCCUGACCCUCCAAAUGAGUUUGGAAUAUUUAACAGCCUUUGGUUUUCCCUGGGUGCCUUUAUGCAGCAAGGAUGCGAUAUUUCUCCAAGAUCUCUCUCAGGGCGAAUUGUUGGAGGAGUCUGGUGGUUCUUCACUCUCAUCAUUAUCUCUUCCUACACUGCUAAUCUCGCUGCCUUCCUUACGGUGGAAAGGAUGGUCUCACCCAUAGAGAGUGCAGAGGACCUGGCUAAACAAACUGAAAUAGCCUAUGGCACUUUGGAUUCAGGCUCAACCAAAGAAUUCUUUCGAAGGUCAAAAAUAGCCGUCUAUGAGAAAAUGUGGUCGUACAUGAAGUCAGCCGAGCCCUCAGUGUUCACCAAGACUACGGCAGACGGGGUGGCAAGGGUGCGGAAGUCAAAGGGGAAGUUUGCCUUCCUGCUGGAGUCGACGAUGAACGAGUACAUCGAGCAGCGCAAACCCUGUGACACCAUGAAAGUUGGAGGCAACCUGGAUUCCAAGGGCUAUGGUGUAGCAACCCCCAAAGGCUCAGCAUUAAGAAAUGCUGUUAACCUGGCAGUAUUAAAACUGAAUGAGCAAGGCCUCUUGGACAAAUUGAAAAACAAAUGGUGGUACGACAAAGGAGAGUGCGGCAGCGGGGGAGGUGACUCCAAGAACUCCUGUAAACCUUGCAGUAUUGAAACUCAGUGAACAAGGCAUCUUAGACAAGCUGAAAAACAAAUGGUGGUACGAUAAGGGUGAAUGUGGAGCCAAGGACUCCGGAAGUAAGGACAAGACGAGCGCUCUGAGCCUGAGCAAUGUUGCUGGGGUGUUCUAUAUCCUGGUGGGAGGCCUAGGCCUGGCCAUGAUGGUGGCACUGAUCGAGUUCUGCUACAAGUCUCGGGCCGAGUCCAAGAGAAUGAAACUCACCAAGAACACGCAGAACUUCAAACCUGCUCCCGCCACCAACACCCAGAAUUACGCUACCUACAGAGAAGGCUACAACGUGUACGGCACAGAAAGUGUGAAAAUCUAGGGAUCCUCACCCUGACAGCAUGCAAGAGGAAAAGCAGCAGAGAAUGUGGCUACUUCAUGGAUUCAGACCACCUGAGCCAGUCGUACUCUCUCCGAGAUGUCAGGCAUGACACGCAUUGAUGAUGGUGCAAUGUACUUUUAAUAGGAAAAACUGAUAUUUUUUUCCUUCAGUGCCUUAUGGAAGACUCUGAGACUCACAACAAUGCAAACCAUCACCGAAAUAUUCUUGCUUUGCUUGAAAGAAGUAAAAGAAAAAGAAGAGAGGAAAAGAA